CCGCCACACGAUUGGUGGAUGAGUGCUCCCGGUGUGGCCCCGUGCCAGGCCCUCGUGUCUUUAUAUACUGUACACGGAUGACCGGACAGUCCUGAGUGCGCAUCGCAUCCACUCUGCCUCCUCCUCAGGGCCUCCGUCCGUCUGCUGCCGCAUCCGCCGGGGCUUCUCCUCUCCUCCGCUCGCCCUCGUGAAAAACCAUGGCCGCGCCGAGCCUGCUCCUCGCUCUGUCCGUGUGGCUUGUGGCAGGAAGCCUCACGGCGGAGGCGACCUACUACCGGCACCACCGCUACGUCCCCCACUUCUACCGCUACCGGGAGCACGCCGCCAACGCGGAAAACCAGCUGCCCGAGGUCAGCAACCCGGUGGCAGCGGCGCCCCAGCACGUGCCCGAGGUGUUCCACCCGGCCCCCGAAGUCAUCCCCCCGAUACCCGAGGCUUUCCACCCGGUGCCCGAGGUCGUGCACCCUGCGCCCGAGCCCUACCGGCCGCCGACGGUCCGCCGCCGGGCGCCCGACGGCUUCUCCCCCGUGGGCACCGUCCGGGUCUUCUAUGGGGUCAUGUUCGACGCUGGGAGCACUGGUACCAGGAUCCACAUCUAUAGGUUCGUCCAGAAGGACCCAAUUGAGCUCCCCGUCCUGGACAACGAGCUGUACCACGCGGUGAAGCCCGGGCUGUCGGCCUAUAAAGACAACCCUGAAGAGGGGGGCAACAGCGUCCGGCAGCUGUUGAAGAUUGCCAAGAAAACGGUGCCGGAGGAGGAGUGGAGGCGGACGCCCGUGAUCCUGAAGGCCACCGCGGGUCUGCGCCUGCUGCCCGAGGACAAGGCCGACACUCUCCUGAAGGAGGUGCGAGGCGUGUUCGACGAGUCCCCGUUCUUUGUGCCCAACAACAGCGUGACCAUCAUGAACGGGAAGAAUGAAGGGGUCCUCGCCUGGGUCACGGUGAACUUCCUCACAGGUCACCUCUAUUCCAACACAAGGAGGACAGUGGGGAUCUUGGAUUUGGGAGGAGGAUCCACACAGAUCACAUUCCUCCCCAAGUCAAGGAAAACGAUCCAGGCCGCUCCGUCCACUUACAUCGCUAGGAUGAACCUGUUUAACCACACGUAUCAACUGUACACACACAGUUAUCUUGGAAAUGGACUGUACGCAGCGCGCCUGGCGACUCUCGGAGCACUGGGAGCUGAUGGCCUGGAUUGGAAGAUCUUCACGAGCUCCUGCCUCCCGAAAAAGUUCCGAGAAGAUGUGACAUUUGGAGGAACCACCUACAAAGUUAGCGGGAUUCCAGACGGCUACGCCGGCUACAAGCUGUGCUACUACGAGGUGAUGAAGGUGGUCAAGGGCAUCGUGCACCAGCCGCUGGAGGUGAAGGGCAGCAGCGUCUUCUACGCCUUCUCCUACUACUACGACCGCGCCGUGGAGUCCGGCCUCAUCGAUCGCAGUCGAGGUGGUACGGUCGAGGUCCGGGACAUCAAGAAGAAAGCCAAGGAAGUGUGCAACAAAAUGACCAAGUACCGCGCCAUCAGCCCCUUCCUCUGCAUGGACAUGACGUAUAUCACCUGUCUGCUGAAGGAGGGCUUCGGCUUCAAGGACAGCACGGUGCUGCAGCUGGCCAAGAAGGUGAACAACGUGGAGACGAGCUGGGCCCUCGGGGCGACGUUCGACUACUUCAGAAACCUGGCGAUCGAGUAGGGACGGCUCCUCGUUGCUGCAGCACUGAGAGGGACAGCUUGUCCCUGCGGGUCCUGUGACCUUUCCAAGGUCACCUUCGAUCGCCCGUUCCCUCACAGACCACACCCGCCCACUCCUCCUCCACCUCAGCACCCCGCAAACACUAAUGAAAAUCAAAUCACUAUAUUUUUAUAAGGCCUGCUAUUUCUACUGUAUGUUGAGCUCAUAACUGGUGCGAUGACUUUAUUUUUGUAAAAAGUUUACGUUUUUGGUUGAUGGGUGGCUGAAAUGUCACUUACAUGGACAGUGUGUACAGGGUAGUUAUGGUAUUUUGGUGCUUACUGUGGUCCUGUGUGCACUAUACAGAACGGUGGAAGAGACUAGUUGUUGGACGUUCCAUGGUUUACUCUCUAAAUUCUUGUAAAUGAGUUUUUUUCUAGCAUUAAAUGUUCGUACAGGUCCCCAAUUCAAUUUACCCUGACCUUUGACAACUAUCACCGAGAGUAGAGCAGCUGAAAAUCAUAGUUUUUCUUCAACUAUGCACAAAACACUUUAAUUGCAGGUAUUGUAGCGCAAACAAGACGGGUUGCUCUGAUGUUGUGAAGAAAACUAAAUAUAUAUUCCUCCAUGACUCAGGGGGGCAGAGAGGAUGCUGUGUGGAGAUGCCUGUUACAUGCAUGAGGCCAAUGCCUAUACUUUUGAAGUUCAGCCAUUAUUGCUUAUUUUGUCUGGAGGGUAAGACACCUUACCGGGCACGGCUAAAUUGCAGGGGCCCUAAACUGCCAGUCUAAACUGUACUUUGGAGUAAAGCUCUCAUGAAGGGAGGACAGUGUAUCCAACCUCAUUUACAGCCAUUAAAAACAGCAAAACUUUAAACAGAACUUAUGUGAAAUAGAAAACAAACCCGGUUUCUUUCCUCAGUUUCACUUUUUGCUUAUGCUCAAAAACAUUAAUGUUAAAUCCUAUUUUUCAUUGAACUGUAUAAAUAUUUAAAUAACAAAGUUUACCUAGAGUAUUUUAGUCCUAUAUAACUCUUUAUGUGCACUUGCUUCCUACGUUGUGCCUUUGCUGUUUUUUCGGUAUUCAUCGUGUUCAGUAACUACUGCUGUAUAUACAUAAUGUAAACUUGUAUUACUAGUGAAAUUAUUUGACAGGAACUGCUUUUACAAGCUUUAUGCUGCACAGUUGCUCAGAAAUGCCUCUCUGUUCAUUAGUCUGAAUAACCUGAUGAUCGACAUGUGUAAAUUCAGUGAAACAAAUGUGUGUAUGUUUUAAUAAAAGACAUAAAAUGUG